CUGGCCAAACUGCGACAGCGCCAAUGGCAGCAAAACAUAACUGUUAGAGGCGAGGAGGAUGACAGCGAUAAGGUGAGAUGAGCAUCGUUUCAAGUCACGGAUGACAAUGAUGUCCAUGCAGACUAUGUAGAGCUCUUUGUCGAGUUGCUGUGCUUUAGUCUCUUUUUGUAAUAUUAAUUGAACGCCAACUUUAUCUCAAGUUGCUGUAGUAUUCCAGUAAAACGCUAGCACACGCUCAGCAGUGCGGCUAACUCUUUUAGCAACAUUAGCCUGUGGAGCCACUGAGUUGGCUUUAAUUACUGGAGGUUGGCUAACUACUUAGCACCGCUGCCGUUAAAUAAAUAGGGACAUGGGUUGCCUGACAAGCUCGGCAGUCAGCCUCAGCCUGUAGUGUUAUAUAUCUAACCGCGGACUAACCACAUAAACCGGAAUAGGCCGGUGAGUUCAUGAAGCUGAAAGGAUGAGUCUUCAGCUCGCUAAGUAACGGUAAACGUUAGCGUUGCUAAUGUGAGCUAACCGUAUCUCUGGGGCCUGGAGAUGUCCAAGCUGUUAUCUCUAAAUAAAUUCACCCUCAAAGGUGACAUCCUCUUCUGUAGCAGUGUUGCGACGUCUCUCGAAAAAGUCUAUUGUAAGUAUUAAUUUUCAGUCGUGUCACACUGUUUAACCUUCCUCAAUUUCAUGUCUCUUAACUCAUGAUGCUGUAGCUAAUGAUAUCAAGCCCUUCAUUAAUGUCUUUAAACUGGAAAGAUAAUUUAUGCUGAAAUAGACAGAAUUGAAGUUUUGAUAGCAGUUCAGAGGGUUUCCUGUGAAGUGACUGUCAUUGGGAUCACUUUGGUGUCUGAAUAUUGGCACACAGUCAUGCUGUGAAGUUAUGACCAAACUGGCUGAAUGUGAAAAUGCAGUUCAUUAUCUACUCUUACCAUUCCUGCUAUCUAAAUACACCAGCUUCAUGUGUUUAAAGUAAAUAAAAUUCUGCUGUCAAAGGGAACAUUUCAAGAUAAAAACCAUCCAACAUAUAAGUGGAUAUUUUUUUUAACUUUAAUAGAAGAGGCAAACAAAUAAAGAUGCGUAGACCAAAGUAUAGUGAACUAAAAUUCUGGGAGCGUAUUGACCAAAUCUAAGAUAUUCCCAUUUUUCCCACAGAAGAAACUGCUUAUUUUCAGAAGUUUCCUCAUGAGGCAUUGUUUUUUGUGUCCAGGGUUAUUGCCCUGUGCUUGACUCUACACUGUUACAUUUGAAAGUUGUUAUGAUUUGUGUACCCGCCACUUUUUUGUGAAUGAUAUUAUUGAGCUCAGUGAGGCUUUCCUGGUUAAAUAAAAUUAAAAGAUAAAUAAAAAUGGUUUGUAUGGUUUAUAAAUGCCAAAAGAGGCAGAAGUAAAACCUUUAUCUCAGUUUGAAUAUGAAUAUGAUUGUGUUGUGCCUACUAAAAACCACUUUGGAAAACAACAAUUUUAAAGUGUUUUUGUUGAACAACUUAACUUAAUUUUGGUGUCAUUUCUCACGAUUUUCAAGUGUAAGAUGACCCAUCAACAAGUCAUCCAAAGCACAGAGUUCAUAUUAACAGUCAGCAAACACUCCAAUUGGCUUGUCUAAUUAUUGAAGAUGCAGAUCUUCUUGUGGGUUUCAUGUUUUCCAUUUGGUCUGUAUUACGAGUUGACUAAUUUGUAUAGCAGAUGCUGCUCUUCAUCCAGCAUUUGUCUGUCUUAACUUCAAGAUGUCUGAAUGGCUAAACGGGUGUAUGCAACCAACACGGUCCAUAGUACAGUUUAUCCCUGGAUUAUAGUACUGGAUACUAUGCAGGGUCAGCAAUGUAAAAGACGGCUUCAGGGCCUUGCUUCACUUGUUGCUAUGAAACAGCAGUACACGAGCCUGUGCAUGUGCAGAUAUAGUCUGGAGGCCUUGCUGAGUCUAAGCCUGUGAAUCUGGAGGUGGAAGGGAGAGAAUCUGCUGUGUUCCCUUAAACAUGUAAUGAUGUGCUAAUGAAAUGUUUUAAAUAGCAGAGGACUGUCUGUAUGGGUUUACUGCACAGUUUAACAACAUCUAAUUUUUUAGUCAAUUCUUUUAAAUCUUCAAACUUUAUUUUGUUUCCUGUUUUUAUGUUAAAUUGAUCAGCAUCGAGAUAGUGUGCACCACUGAUACUGUAGGCCAACAUCCUCAUCUAUAGCCCAUCUAUGGUAUAACCUUCAAGGUCCUCCAUGAGGAUCAGUCUUGUGUAUUUUUUGAUGAAGGAGUAGAAAUGACAUAUUAUUUGUGGGAUGUGAUGUGGUUUACUGUUUCAGUUCAUAUGUCAUGUGUGAAGUAGAAACCCCAGACAAAUUCUCUGGUCUUUUGAUUUAACUGAAACAUAAAACAACCUAAUUCAGCCUUUGUUUUUUCUAUAAACCUCACCGGUCAGCGCUGAUAAAGGUCUAAGUAAUGUCAUCUUUUUGCAAAUAUGCUGCCUCAAGAGUUUUAGUGUAGAGUUGUAGUGUAGCUGUAAGUGUUCUGCAUUUACCGACUGCCUGAAGAGAGAUGAUGAGCCCUGUUUGUGUUAGUCGUGACUGGUAAAAAGGAGUUAGCUGAUGACAAGGCUGUGUUGCUAAGCAACACACAUCAUGGGCUGCGCCUCUUGAAGCUUGCUGUAUUCUGCUCUGCAAGACUGAGGGAAAGUGCAGUGCAGGCGAGUGUAUCUCUUCAUUAAUGCACAGUUAUAAAGAUUAAGUGAUAACCAAUGAUCAUAUGUAAAUGUGUACAUUUUCAGCGUACACUGCAGGCUACCUGAGUCCUCCCCUGCUUUACCAUAAAAUCGCUUUGUUCCCUUAGGAAUCCCGUACAAUUUGGAUAGUCUGUCAGAGUGCUGGAGGCGCAGGGAUACUCUGUUCAGCCCACACUUUGUCUCAGGUUAUGUUAACUCUUGCGUUCACCCUGUGUGUGUCUGCAUUGGAUGCUGCUUACGACAUCACUGAAGCUUUUGUGCUCAUAGUAGCAGAUUGUUCUGCAUUACACUGGAACAUUUUGUGCAGGGUGAUAGGACUUUUCGUUUCUAAAUGAGGAAGAGGGAUUGUGGUCUGUUGCUUGUUGCUAUAUCUAUCUUUUUUAUUUACCUUCACACACAGGGGAAUCAGGGACACACUGUUUGGAUUUGAAAGGUGUCAUUCUCUGAGUUUAUGUCAUAGUUUUACUUCCAUAAUUUGACACAAUUCAGUUUUCCAUUUCUAAACCUGUUUUUUUUUUCCACAUGACAACUGUGCAAACAAACAAUUAACAUACUCACUAAUUUAUCACUUUAAUUCAACGUGUAUCUAUGAAAGUGUUCAUUAUUCUAAGGGGAAAUACUAAUAAUUCUAGUAAAAAUACUUCAUACUUGUAAUAACUUCAAAAAUAUGACAAAAAAUGCCAUAACUAUAUUUUACACAAUGUUACUGAUGCAAGAUUGGACAAAAAGUUAAAAGCAAUAACAAGAGCACUAAGUAUGUCAAUUACACCAAGCAGAACAUAGACAUGGACACCAGUAAAGCCCAUACUAUUGGGUUUUCACAAAAGCAACUGCAAGGCACCAGUAAGCUACACUGUGUCCUCUUUGAAGUUCUAUUUUUAGACAUGCACAAAUCGAAGGAGAAAAACUACUGAGAACCAUCAAUGCUAUCUUAAACUUCUAUGGUCCAAACUGAGAGUUUUAUUACAUAAAAUUUGGAUUUUAAAAUGGAAACUUUGACAGUCCAGGUAAAGGGGACAUUCUUAUUUAUUUAUGCUGUGUUUUUUAAUCUAUGUCUUACUGCAAACCAACAAAAACUAGAUUUAAAAAAAUCCAAAAUUCUGAGUGGAUGGUGUAAAACUGAAUGUGAAGAUAGUAACAGCUUACAGAUUUGGUCAAGUGCUUGGCUUUGAAUUAAAAGAAAAGUAUUGGUCUGUGGGUGUGACAUUUAACAUUUUACUCAGAACAGGAGUGACAGAACAACAAGAACUCUGGUCUGCAGACAUGCAAAUGUAAUAAAAGACGACAGCUUUGGAGUUUUCAAACCACAAUCACUUAAUCAUAGACAGUCCGAGGGAACGUCAUACCACAUUCAGAUGAGUACUUUCCCUGGACAGCUGUUUUUUGGUCAUUUGUUUAUUUGGUAGGUGACUAAUAUGUUCCAUUUGUCUGAUUAAUCUCAUCUCAUCACCUCACCCAGACUGCAGUGUUUUAUACGGGUGGAGAAUUCACUGGUCAAGCAGGUUGUAGACUCUUCAGCAGUUAACUGUAAUAUUUUCAAUGCCUGAAUUUGUGAUCCUUGUGUUCAGUUUUAUGUGUUUAUUUGAAAUUUAAAAAAUUGGCUCCUAAACUUAACAUAUUUACUACUCGUCAUUUCUAAACUGCUGCACAGCAAUAGUAAAAAAAAAAAAUAAGUUUAGUGCUAUUAAAAAAAUAAAAAAAACAAUGUCCAAUGCACACUGGAACACCAAGCCUCAAUUUAAAAUGCACACCUUAGGUUUGUGCACACUCGAUUAUCUACACAGUUUAAUGUUGUCGCUCUCACCUGUCCACAUCAGAAGUACCAGAUGGUUCACAAUCUAUUAUUACCAAAGGUACAAAAUGCUGGUCAUAUAUUAUGUAAUAGCUAUAAUGCAGCCACCUGUCGAGAGCCAGAGCUGUAGCUUGGUAAAGGCCUUUGCCAUAAAGCUACAGCUCUCUGCUACAUACACAGAAAAAGGGGCAUAAAGGUUGGCAUGUUGUAGCUCAGUGUGGUAUGUCAGUAUUUUGAUCUAGAAAAUUGAGAUACAGUUAUAUGUAGGGGUGGGAGAAAAAAACGAUUCAUAUAAGUAUCGCGAUUCUUUGUUUUACAAUUUUUUUUAAUCAAUUUUGAUGUUCAAAAAUCUUUUUUUUUUUUUUUCAAUUUUAAGAGUAAACCUCAAAAAGCCACUUACAUGUGAUGUGUAUUUUUUUGGGAAGUACGGUUAAUAAUCAUUCAACUGUUUCACUGGUGUAAAAAAUGCAGACUUAAGAUUGAGGAAAUUGACAAUAUCCUAGAAUCGCAAUUUAAAUCGAAUCGGCAUCCAAAAAAUCGGAGAAGAAUUGAAUCAGAAGAAAAGCAUAUCAUCCUAGCCCUAGUUAUAUAUUGGCUGUGUCUGGUCAAAUGAGCAUGGAAGCGACAGGAGCUAGUGGUGUUGCUAGUUCUACUAAAUCAGCCACACCAGCAAAUCAAUUCAAUAUUGUUUAUCUGCACCUUCUGUGAUCCUGUAUUUGGCUGCAUUGAAAAGUUUGCUCAGUUCUGAAUAUAAAAUUCAGUUCGAAUGGCUUGAAAAUUCAUCACUUACAAACGUCUCCAGUAGAGGAGCUGGGGUCACUUUGGCUCCAUGAGGGAGAAAAACAGAAUAUUAAUGCAUUUCCAAAUUUAACAGGUUAAAAAUUGACUUAAAAUGAUGACUGACUGUUCAGGCCAUCAAACUGCUGUACUGGAAUAUUUCAUAUUUAACUUUGGAAGACUUAUUUUCAAAGUAUGCAUCAUUAACUGAAACCUUCUAUUUUAUUUGGCUGUCUUUCAGGAUUUAAUCGUUUGAUCAUUUCCUGCCCAUAAAAGGGAGAUUGUGUUACUUUAGCUCGACACGAAGAGCCUGUGGUGCUCAGGUCCAGCAUUGAGUAUGAUUCCCUGGUGGCGGCAGAGGUGAGGAAGCAUGGGGUGGAAAUCUGAGGUGCCCAGACGAACGUGAUGACAGUAUGGUCAACGGUGGAGAAGCUCAAAAUGGAAAAACGUCCAUGGAGGGAGGAGAAUAUUGACUCAACCGAGGCGCAGUACGCCACUGACGAUUCUGAGGAUGGAAGCAGCUCAGAGAGUGAAUCAGAAGAGCGGAAACAGAGGGCUCAGGUGAGCAGCAGCAGGUGUAAGAAGAGGGAGCCCUUAGCUGUCACCAAACCUCACAGACAGCUCUGCCGCUCCCCAUGCCUUGACCGGCCCAGUUUUUCCCAGAGUAGCACUGCACAGGAUUUCCGUGAGGAUGAGGCCAGCACAGGAUCGGGGAUCAGGCCUGCCAGUGAGAAGGACUACCAGUCUAAAAUGGACUUUGCCUUGAAGUUGGGCUAUUCUGGGGAGCAGGUGGAGACAGUGCUCAACAAGUUAGGGGCUGCUGCACUCAUCAAUGAUGUUCUAGCUGAGUUAGUGAGGCUCGGAAACAAAGUAGAGCCUGAAAACCAACCUUGCAGCAGUACAGCAUCAUUAAUAUCAAGGCCCCCCUGCGUGAAAGAGACUGUUAGUCCAGAGGUUUCAGUGGAAGAAGAAUCUGUGGAUACCUAUGAUAACCUCAGGCCUAUCGUCAUUGACGGCUCAAAUGUGGCAAUGAGGUAAGACUCCAGAUCGAAUGAAAUCUCAUCAAAUGUGUCUGUCCCGAGCACAGGCUGUUCUGAUGAAAUUUAUCUGUGUGGAGAUUAUACCUCUCUGUUUUGUUUUCUAGCCAUGGGAACAAAGAGGUCUUCUCUUGCCGUGGUAUCCAACUUGCUGUUGAGUGGUUCUUGGAGAAAGGACACAAAGACAUCACAGUAUUUGUCCCAGCCUGGAGGAAGGAACAGUCAAGGCCUGACGCCCUCAUCACAGGUAGUGCAACAUCUAAUCAAGCGAUUAGUAUUUGAUGUCUGUAAGAAGGUCGAUGUCAUGGCAGUGAGUUUGUGAUUAAUUUGAAGCAUUGUGUUGUUAUGCUGAGCAACACACACUGCCAUGACAUUAUUAAUAGAAUGACAUGUUGUACCCCGUUCCCCCCAUUUCUCCUAAAACAAAUACAUAAUGAUAUUAGUUUUGAUUGUUGUCCUGUUACAGUUUGGAUUAUUUUACAAUUACAUCUUGGACAACAUUAACACUUACUCAAAACUUCUCUUUCAGAUCAGGAAAUAUUACGCAAACUGGAAAAAGAAAAGAUCCUGGUUUUCACCCCAUCCCGGAGAGUUCAAGGCAGGAGAGUGGUGUGCUAUGACGAUCGCUUCAUAGUGAAGCUGGCCUAUGAUUCUGAUGGAAUUAUUGUGUCUAAUGACAACUACAGAGACUUGCAAAAUGAAAAGCCAGAGUGGAAGAAGUUCAUAGAAGAGCGUCUCCUCAUGUACUCGUUUGUCAAUGACAAGUAAGAAACUAUUGUGCUUAUUUUUGGCAUGGAAAUGAUAUAUAAAUUCACUCUGGGGUCCCCCAUAAAUCAAGCCAUAAAUUAUCAGGAUAUGAUCUUGGUUAAAAAUAAAUAAAUAAAAAUCAGAAACAUAUCUCCUUCACUUUUCUACAAAGUCUUAUUUAUAUCAAGGAUUCUCAGUGAUUAAAUUCUACUUUAUUCAUUGUAGUCAAAACUGUGUGUGACAAUCUAUAUAGCUGUUAUAUUAAAGACGGGGUAGGCAGGAUCUGAGGAAGUGCCAGUUUUUGGGAGAAUCUUAAAUGUAAAAACUACCCCUCCCAACCAGUUUUCACCUCAGCUCCUCCUCUACCCUCCCUCUCUGCUCCAGCAAGCCCCGCCCACAAACAGACGCUCGUCCUUGCUUGUAUCAAUUUAAUUAAAUUCAGAUAUAAUGCAGAUAAACACUUCAGAUAAUUACAAAUGGAGCCCAGUCAAUGUGAAAGUAAAAAGCACUGGUGCUACUGUAGAUGCCAACAGACUGCCAGCAAACACAAUGUUUGCAGGACUUCUACAACUAGGAUAAAGUGACAUAGUCCAGGACCCAAGGUAAACAGUUAAACGAUGCUACAACACACAGCAGGACAAGAAACACUUCAGUUACACCUGGCUUACUUUGUUACUUCCGAAAUGUCAUCAACAGCUAUUGACUGAUAUUAAAAAUUUUUUGUAUUUACACCACAAAAUAAGACGGUUCUUUAACAGAAUCCUGCCUACCCCACCUUUAAUGACUUAUACUGACCAGAAAAAAAAAGCAUUUGUGUUCGUAGUAGGAAUACUGUAUGCUAUGAUUUGCAAUCUAAGUAAUCAAAACCUUUGAAUGACUGUAACAGGUUUAUGCCACCUGAUGAUCCUCUGGGAAGACAUGGUCCAAGCCUAGAAAAUUUCCUCCGCAAGCGUCCUGUUGUCCCAGAGCACAAAAAACAACCUUGCCCCUAUGGUAAGUUACUUUAGUGUUUUUUUUUUAUGCAGUCAUCAAAAUAUGUUUUUUUUUUAUAUGUUGUCAUUUGAAUUGAAUGAUUUUUAAUUUGAUUCACUCUUUUUUUAAACAAGGGAAAAAGUGCACGUAUGGACAUAAGUGCAAGUACUAUCACCCUGAACGUGUCAACCAGCCACAGCGGUCGGUGGCAGAUGAACUUCGGGCUUUUGCCAAGUUGUCUGCGGUGAAGACAAUGAGUGAGGGGGCUUUAGCUAAAUGUGGUACUGGGCCUGCAACUAUUAAAGGGGACAUUGGCUCUGAGGCCAAACGUGUGGCACCCAAGCGCCAAUCUGACCCCAGUAUUCGCUCAGUGGCCUGUGAACCUCCUGAGGCACUUUCUGCUGUUAGGAAGUCUGAGACAAAUUCAGUGCCUUCCCUCGUGUCUGCUCUCAGUGUGCCCACCAUGCAGCCUGCCAAGAGCCACGCAGCUGGUGCCUUGAACACACGAUCAGCCAGCAGCCCAGUGCCAGGUUCUCUGCAGUUUGCGCACAGUUCUCUGGAGCACAUGUCUAGUGUACAGUACCCCCCUAUUUUAGUUACAAACAGUCAUGGCGCCUCUGUUACUUACAGUGAACAGUUCCCAAAGUAUGACUCAGUUAGUGACCAUGGCUAUUAUUCACUGCACAGUGAUUUUUCAACUAUGAGCAUGAGCAGCAUGCACAACGUCGACAGUUUCUGUAGCAUGGAGCACGAGCAUGGUGUGUUUCAGAGAAAUCCCAGCCACUGUCCUGAAUCCUGCCUCAGCCAUUCGAACAGUGACUCGUUCUCCUCUUACGGGGACCUGUAUCCAAGCUCUGUGGACAGCAGCUUAGAGGAGAGCAUGAAAGGGCAGCAGCAGAGUACCGCACAAGCCAGGAUGCAAGCUUUCUCCCAUGGGUUUCGCCACGAGGCACUGACGAGAGUGCAAAGUUACGGACCGGAGGAACCCAAACAGGGCCCACGGAAGCAGCAGUCUGGAUCUCAUCUAGCACCCCACAUCCAGCAUGUGGCAGUGGGGGCCAGGUCUAGCUGUCCUGGAGACUACCCCCUAACUCAGAAUAUCCUCCCACCUCUGUCCUCACAGCCCACACGGUCUCUCGGUAUGACUCGUAUGGACAGUAUAUCGGACUCAAGGCUAUAUGAUAGCAACCCAAUGAGACAGAGGAGACCGCCACUGUGCCGUGAGCAGCAUGCCAGCUGGGACCCUCUGCCGUGUGGUAAUGAGUCCUACGAAUAUCAUUCAUAUCCAUUGAGUAACAGCCUGAUGCCGUGUUGCGAGCGGGUGAUGGUCCGCAGCAUGCCAGACAAAAUGGAACAAAUCUGGAACUCGCCGUGGGAGACGCCAUCUGCAGCUGAACACUUAGAGCGGUACAUCAUCCCCGACCACCAGUACCAAACAUAUCGGAACCUUUGUAACAUCUUUCCUGCUUACGUAGUCCAUUCGGUGAUGGAGAAGAACCCUCAUUUGACAGACCCACAACAACUUGCCGCUGUCAUUGUUACAAAACUGAGGUCAUGCCAUUGAGCUUUUAUUUACAUUGAUGGAAUAUGACAAAGGAAAUGCAGAUUUUUUUUGAUUGAAUAGAAAGGCACGUGUUUAAUGUUGCUGCAUGUGCAACAUCUGCCCUCAGGAGUUUUUAUUUCAAUUGUGUCAGGAGGAAAAUCUGGCCCUCAGAUUUUGUAUCACGUAGGUGACUAAGAAGUAAUGUGCAUAGAGGAAGUUUGUCUAACAAGUGGAUCUCAAAUUGUAAGAUGUUUGACAUGAGAAAGUGGCAACUUUCUAUGGAGUUUGAUUCUUUUAAAAAUAAGAUAUUACAAAUUUGAUUUGUAGCACAUUCACACCACCUGAAUAGGAGCUGCAUUGCAACUGGUAACCCUUUUUUGGUGAUUGUCAAAGGCUUUGUUCAACGUCAUUUACAGAACAGUAGUCAGAAAAAAAUCAAACAUAGAUAUCCCCAAAGAAUGGUUUUGCACAAGGUAAAUGAAAUUCAAUUAACUGCAUAAACAUAACAGUGGAGCCUUAAAGUACUAGUGUUCAAGUAAAAAAGAUGCUUUUAUUUCAAAAUGAUUGGGAAAAAAAUCUGUUUGUUACAAAAGGGAAAAAUAAAGUUUCCAUCUGUAGUUGAGUUUGUUUUUUUUACUAUGAGCUUCAAAGAUUAUAAAAGCUUGAUUUGGAAUCAAUUUAUCUGGAAUUAGCUUAACUAAUUGACAGGUAAAUUAGUGUAAACAAGUAGAUGUUGUGGCAACACAGGGCAGGAAGUAAUUACACAGAGAGUUUGCAAUAGGUUGACCUGAAGAGCAGGUCAACAUUUGUCAAUCAUGUAGCUUUCAUGAAGACCUUGUUCAGGAGCUGUGGAUGUGCUAUGAAAGGCAUCUGAAGCGUUUCUGGUGCAGUGGAACUAUAAAUAACCUUGCUUGGGUCCGCCUCUAGUGUAAAUACUUCUUGUGACUUUUUGUGCAUUAAUUUUUGAAGAUAAGUCAAAGGGAGGCACAGACCCCGCAGCAUGAACUCUUGACAUUUAAUGGCCUUAUAUCUGAAUGACCUCACGCUUAAGUCAUUGUCUGAUGGGUUUCAGUGAAAGUCUUUGUCAUUGAAACCUCCUAUUUUCAAAUGUAAAGCACUAUCUCAGUAUCUAAAGAGAUAUAUUUUCUCAGCCUCACUUAACAAAGCUACUAUUUUGGUAGAAUUUGACGGUGCACAAAGCAAGCCAAAAGAGAUUUGACUUGUAUUCAUGUGCACAUUUCUAUGUACAUAUAAUCACACAAAAGCCAUUAUUUCAAAGUCAUUUAUAAGCUGCUAAAUAAUGCCAAAAAAAGAAUUUAUAUAGUGUCAGUAUUCUACAUUACUUUGUUUUAGUUGUUAGAAUUAAUUGGAUUAUAUUAUAAAUUAACAUCUGUGUUUGAAUAAUUUCCUAUGAUGUACUGUAUAGUUACCUAUCUAAUUUGAUUGGAUGCUACAUCCAGAAUUUUCCUACUAAUAUAUUUGUCAAAUAUGUUGUGCUAAUUCUUUUCAGUGUGAAAAUAUUCAAAGCAUCUUUGUUACAAACAGUAGCUCAAAUGGACGCCUUCAAGUUGUCAGUAGAGCAGUUUGUUUAAGGAGUAGGUCAGAUUUAUUUCAAAGUAACACGUAAACAUGCACUUGUGGUAAGUUCCAGCUUUUGUCCCUUCUAAAUCUAGUUUCCCUUAUCUGAACCACUUUGCUGGUUCCAUGACUUCACCUGGUUUUGAGAGCUGCAUGUAAACUUGAUGAAGCUUUGAGAACUGAUUUCACAGGUGUGUUGUGACGGAGUUAAAAUGUACUAUUUAAGGUGGAAACAGUGUUUACAAACAAAGCUUUUAAUCUUUCCACAACAGACUGAACGAGUACCCGGUGGUACAUUUGUCAGAUGAAGUGAAAGGAUUCUAGCCUGUGACUGAGUUGAAUAAGAAGAACUUUAUUUAUUCCCGAGGGGAAAUUUGAUAAUACAUAUUUCGAUUAUAAUGCAUUCACAUUUUGUGAUGUUAGUAGAUUAUGGAGUUUGAUUAAUUGAAUAUUAAAGACAAGUUUUAAUCUAGAUGGCAUUUUGAAGAUGUAACCUUGCUUGAUGGCUUUUUAUGCUCGGCUGUAUUGCACUAGUACAGACUUGGAGUAAGAAUACAUAUAGCAAGUGUCAUGGGUCAUGAAGAGGUUUGGCUGUGCCUUGCAGCACAUUGCUCUCAGGAUGCUUUCGAUUUUCUAAUUUUCUGUCUUGCCCUGCCAAAAACAGGAAGUUACUGGCAAAGGUAGUCUGAUUUAGUGAUAUAUUUUGUGAAAAUCCUACAUGUAACAUGUAGUGGGUUGUGUAAAGCUGAAACAUUGAGAUGGCAUUGCAAAACUUUGUAUUUUUUGUGUAUAUGCUUGUUAUGCACCUUGAAUUCUUUUGAAAGGAGCUAAUAGGGGGGGCUUCAUGUGAUGCAGCUUUAUUUAAUUGGGUCAAAGUAAUUGAUGAAUUGGUCCAUAAAGGAUGUUAACUAAUUAAAGAUGAUCACUUUUUUGCAUACUUUGGAGGCCAGUGCUUGGAGCUUAAAGAUUUUAUCCAUGGGUGGGGGCCCUGAGAUUUCCAUCGUGAUAUGGUGUGCCCCCCAGGUCACAAUAUCCAAUGUAUCUUGUUUUCACCAAGGGGGCACAUAAGUAUUCAUGAAAAGCACAUGCAUGCUACCUUUUCUCGACUCUCACCCUUGGUACAAAGUGGUAGACUUGACAUUCAAUCUACAAUUUUGGAGCUGUUUAAAACAUGUAAAGCCUACCCUAAUAGCACAAUCAUACUUUGAGUGUGUUUAAAGGGAAAUUCCACUUAUUUUUAGGAUUCAGACAAAAAAUGGAACGGAGGAACAUUAGUUAUGUUUUUCGUUAACUGAAAUAAUGAUCUAAAACAUAGGUUGGUUGAGAAAGUUAGACAACGCUAUGCUGUGAGUGGAGCAGGAUUAAAGUUGUCAUUAUAUCAAGGGAAAUAAAGAGAGAAACUGAGUGGUAUUCCUCUUUAACAGAGUUUAUUCUGACUUUGUCUCAUUGAUGGUGCAUCAAAAAUAUAUAUUUCUUUAUAAUGUUUAGGUGCAACCAGUAUAUGAACAGAAAAAAGAAAAAAAAAACAUUUGAAUGUGUUUUGCCCAAAAGACUUUUGGGCUUUGCUGACUUUGUUUUUUCAUGAAAAAAGACAAGGCCACUAAAGGCCUGCUGUCUGUUCAUGAGAAGGUGAAACAAACUGCCUAAUGUUUCUACAUGUGAAACAAUCAGAUUGCAAGGCUGCUGUCAAGGUUGUUUCUGGCAUUUGGCUAAAAGUUUGCGUGCCAUCCUUUUUCCUUGAGAGGGUUGAACUGUUGUAGUUAAUAAGAAACAAACUUGGUCUCUCUAGGUACUUAAUGUGAAAAAAUAAAUCCAAAACUAACCAUGGCAACCAGGUUGCUGAUUAGAGACCAAAUUAAAUUAACCAAUAAUCUGAACUCGGUCUGCUCAGACAGUAUUGACAUAAUUUUGCCUUCAACUCUGGAAUGGUUAAUCACCUGGAUGAACUCAGGAUUUUAAUGAAGUUAAGAACCAGGCAUGAAAUCAAUGUCAGAUCAGUUUAAUCCCAUUGACUUGAAUAACAUUUUCCUUUAAAAACUCGAUUAGUUAAAAUGCGCACACAAUUUAAUUUUAGCUGCUGAUUUGGCUCACAAGUAUGUGUGUUACUAUUUUUGGCAAGGUGCCACAUAGCAGCUACUUGUCUGUAAUCAGAUGAAAUGAUAAAAUGCUCUCAUGGACAAUGUGGGCUUUACAAGUAUCAGAGCACAUUCACUCUGACAGCACACUGGUUUUUAAAUGCAAAUCCAAAAUGUUCCAGUGCUAUUGUUAGGUGUAGCUCUAAUUAUUAAGUUUGUAUUUUCUGUCUUUUUGCAUUUGGAUGAUUAUUUAUGAAAAAAACAAACAAAAAGAGAAAUGAUGGUUUCUGGGUGAUUGACCACUUCCAGUACAAAAUUCAAACACCAACAUUCAUGUAAAAAAUAGUGAAUAAAAAUGUAAGUGUACCCCUGUAGUAUGAUACUCUGUUUCUGAAGAUUAAACUGAAGGCCGGAGUGCACCUUCAUGGCUCCAAUCCUCCCUCUGAUCGUGCCGCAAACAACUUAGCCACAAAUGUCUAGAAUUGACUUUUGCUUGUUGAUACAAAUUGUAUCUAUACCUUGAAUGUAACAAAAUAUGAAAUGUAAAAUAUGAAAAUAGUUUUAUUUAAAUAACGGGGGGGAAAAUCAAUGCCGUAAUGUUUGUGACACUGUGUGUCACGGGGAGUAGCCCAUUGGUAUGAUCUAAUUCUUACUGGGUACAGUAGUAAACUUACAGGGACAUUUAUGUGCUAUGUCAAAGUGCACAGAUACCCUGUGUACAGCAGUGAGCAUCAUGUCCUCUCUGUAAAUAGUCACACAAGUGUGUGUAUAUAUAGAAAGAGAUCUGUAAAUGUAACAGUAACAGUUACUUCAGUUGUUCAAAUACUUAGAUUAUUUCUGUGUUGUAACCUGUGCACCUUGGUUCAGUGCAUCUCUUUCCUCUGAAUUUGACAUGUCUGCUGUAUGCUAUUUUAAUGGGAAUUUCAAUAUUUUUGAAUAUAUUUUGACUAAUAAAACAUGCCAAAGUUAUUCUUGGGUGACUUUGUCAAACAUAUUUUCUGUGAUAUGACACACGGGUUGUUGUGCAAUGAACUGAAGAUUUUUUUCUCUGCACAGUGUAAACUAAAAGUUACUAAACAUCAAACACGAAUCUGACUGCCAUACAACUAAAAAUCAUGACCCAGGAAUCUUUCAUGGCUGAUCUCCGAUCACCGCAUGAUGCUAUCACAUGCCCUAUAAACCAUCUAGAAGAAGCUAAUGGCAGUAUGAAAGGCUGUCACUGAACGGGAGAUUUUGGUGACAGUGUUUUCACAGAUUUGUGUUUGAUGUGCAGAUCCUGUUGUGUUUGAUUUAAGGACUAACUAAAAGCAGCUGAUUCAAGGACUAAAAUUGUAUGUUAAAAAGUGUGUUGAAAUGUGAUCUAUACCACAACUAUUUACCAGCUGUUCUGUCAUAUUUUUGGUAUAUGAGGCCAGUUCGCUUACUGUUUCAAUGAACAGUCUGUAGGCUUUAGCUGGCCCUGUGAGAAUUAGACUAGUGGUUUUUUAAAAUAAUGUAAAUGCUGAUGUUGUCAAUAAGUAUUUACUUCAGUUGAAAAUCAGUUGUGAAAGGCUAUGAGCAACACCAAAGUGAUUUUUGAUGUGCACACAUUACCUAUCUGUCAUAAUAAUUGGUUCAAACACAAACAUACAAGCCGUUGUGGUCAAACAAUCGUGAACCCCUUGACGUCUCGCUGUUUCUACUAGCAAGUAGUUCAUAUCAAAGUUGACUUGUUGGUGUUAAAAAUGCCACGACAAGAGGUACACAUAUUCGGGCACAGCUGUACAUACAGAAAACACAGUGUAAAACUCAGGUCAAAACACUCCAACAUUUUCAAUCACACGUGUUUGUUUUCUCUUAUUGAAAAAUGCAGUGGUCACAUUUCUGAAGUAGUGAAGGUGUCCUGUUUGAGCUGACCAAUGUGUCUUCAAUGUACAAAGGGAAAUAUAAAGCAAGUUUUUAUUUGUGCUGUGAUGAUCUGCAGUAUUGUAAUCCACGCUGAAUGGAAAGCAUUGCUUUUAUAGACCAAAAUGCACAAAAAUAAUCUAUUUUGGGUCUGUGGGCUCAAACAAAAUGUAAGUCUUAAUGACAAACUGUGUUUCUCUCCAUAAAUAAAGCAAAAUUAUGUUCAAA